GUUAGCCGUGUACCAUGUUGAUGUUCUCCUGACAGUCACUGCAACGAUGCAUGUCAAAAAAUUUACUCUAAGUCAGUGACUAACUUUACUGCACUUGUCGAAAUAAACAUGAGAUGGAAACUGUCAGUGUAGUGUUCCUGGUUAAACAUCCAUGGUAAUCUACUGAUGGCCACCCGUUACUAUUUGUUUAAUACCAUUUAUUAAAGCGAAGGACGGAUCAGGCACAGCCAUCACAGGGCUUAAACUGAGCCAUACUAUGGGCUUUUUGUUUCAAGAGAUCAAUUAAAAUGUUUAUAUUGAAUGUAUGUCCUGAAAUAUCAAUCAGCAACCCAGACACACUAGAUUUUAGGGACGCAUGAUAAUAUCGGCACAUCAUAAACAUCGGCCAAUCGGUCUUUGUCAGUCACGUGUCCUAACUGGCAGACACGCCCCCAGGCGCCAUUUUGGUUGUACCGCGAAUGUAAACACAGAACUGGAGUAGCUGUCUGGGGAAGUCGUAGUUAGUAACGUUAGCAGUUAGUAGUGAGUUUUUAAACUGUUACCCAGUCGCCGAGCUUGAGAAGAAUAAGAAGGAUGAGAGAAUACCGUACAGGGACAAACUUAUCAAGGUGGCCAGGGACCGGUAUUUGGCUAAAUUGUCGACAAUCAAUAACAUAGAUCCGUACGACCUCACAGCUAAAGACUGGAGCGCCGACGCUGCAUUAGUGCCUCCAACUUCAUCGCUGGAUAUAACAAACUACCUCGUUUACGGUAUCAGCGCUUACACAUAUGAACAGUUCAGAAACUAUAAAUAUCUCGAAGUUCACGGACAUUUCACGAAUGGCUGGGUGCAGCAACUGUUCACAUUUCGACCGCAGGACUGCGACAACACGCUCGUCACUGCAAAGAAGAUGUGCUGGUUGAGGAAAACCAAAGCGGUUCUGUGUCUUUGUCUAGCAUGAUGACCUCCUCCUCAGCUGCUGGCAUGUCGUUGAGCUUGGAGAUGCCCCGGAAACGCAAGGGCAGCGUGGACAACCAGGACACAAAAUCUGGAUCCAUCCCUGACGUUGAUAUGGAAGACGAUGGGUCAGAUGGAGAUGACCAACAUGUCAAAAUUAAAUGCUUCAGGGAACCACACAGCCAAAUUGAGAAGAGGAGACGGGACAAAAUGAACAAUCUCAUCGACAAACUAUCAGCCAUGAUCCCUACUUGCAACCCCAUGUCCCGUAAACUGGACAAACUCACUGUGCUCAGAAUGGCUGUGCAGCACCUCAAAUCUCUCAAAGGUUCAUCAAGUUCUUUUUCUGAAGUCAACUACAAACCGUCGUUCCUUCCCAACGAGGAGCUCAAACACCUUGUCCUCAAGGCUGCAGAUGGGUUCCUGUUUGUAGUGGGCUGUGAUCGUGGGAAAAUAGUUUUUGUCUCGGAGUCCGUCACGAAGAUAUUAAAUUAUAGUCGGGCGGAGCUGAUUGGACAGAGCCUGUUUGAUUACAUACACCCAAAGGACAUGGGAAAAGUGAAGGAGCAGCUGUCAGCUUCUGAAUUAUACCCUCGUGAACGACUAAUAGAUGCUAAAACCGGUCUGCAGGUCCAGGCUGACCUCCCAGUCGGUGCAUCACGGCUGUGUUCAGGCGCACGCCGCUCAUUCUUCUGCCGCAUGAAGUACAACAAAAUCUCUGUCAAGGUGGAGGAGAAGGAAUUCCAAGCAGGCACCUCCAAAAAGAAAGAGUCGCAGAAGUACUGCACCGUCCACUGUACAGGCUACAUGCGCAGCUGGCCUACCAGUCAGCUGGGAGCAGAUGGGGAGGGCGAGGCAGACAAGCAGGAUAGCUCUCACUUCAGCUGCCUGGUGGCGGUAGGACGCGUCCACUCCCACUCAUCUCCCCAGAUAAAUGGAGAGGUCCGAGUUAAACCCACAGAGUUCAUCACACGCUAUGCCAUGGAUGGAAAAUUCACCUUUGUCGAUCAAAGAGCAACAACCAUUCUUGGUUAUCUUCCCCAAGAAUUGCUGGGUACGUCAUGCUAUGAGUACUUCCAUCAAGAUGACUUACCACAUUUAGCAGACAGACAUCGAAAAGUGCUGCGGAGUAAAGACAAAAUAGAGACAAACUGCUAUAAGUUCAAGACAAAAUACGGCUCUUUCGUCACUCUGCAAAGUCAGUGGUUUAGUUUUGUAAAUCCCUGGACCAAAGAAGUAGAAUACAUAGUGUCAACUAACACAGUUAUAUCGUAUGAUAACAGUCGAACCAGUCGGUCGGGAAACAAGUCUGAACAGUCGAGAAAUUCCAAGACUUCUGAAGAAGAUGGCAAGAAGUCCCUUCCAGUCAUACCAGGUAUCUCCACUUCACCUGGAGCUAUGAUUUAUGCUGGAAGCAUAGGGACCCAGAUCGCCAAUGAGCUGCUGGAUUUCAACAGGAUGAACUCGUCACCCUCCAGUGGCAGCGUCAGCCCGUUCAGUGGACCCCAGGAUAAGUGUCCACAAACUCACAAUCAACUCAGCAACAAUGUGCCAAAUGGAGAGGCAACAGACAUGGAGAUCCCAGCAAAGUCCAGCUCAGAGGAUGAGCCCCAAGGAGCUGCAUUCUCAGGAGGAGACACACUCAUGGGGGAGAAUUCCCAGCUGGAUCUGGACAGCGUGGUUGGACCGGGCCUUAGUAGUCUUAGCAAUGACGAAGCAGCCAUGGCAGUGAUCAUGAGCCUCCUGGAGACAGACACAAACUUGGGCGAGGCUGUGGACUUUGAAGAGAUACACUGGUCUUUAUAAAACCUGCUCUUAAAGUGUGGUGCUGUAGCACACUAAAAAACACUCGGACCAUCAUUUUUGUGAUGAGAACUGCUUGAAUGCUCACUCACUAAGAAACAGCAUUCCUUUUUGUCAAAGGACUUUUUAUUUAUUAGUUACUGUUUUUUCCACAUAAGCUGUGUAGUCUUCGUGUGGCUGCUCUAACAGGGAGCUGGAUCGAUGACAAUAAGGGACAUCUGCUUUCCCUCUUCAGAAGGAGGAUGUGCCUCUAAAGCCUUACAGCGGUCUGCCUGCCCUGAAACGCUUUCCUCAAAUCUACUGUCAUCCUCUGUUUACCUGCAGAGGCCUCACAAGGUCGAAGAACCCAUGAACACAAUGUCAGUGACAUGAUGUAUGAUCAUGACGGCUCGGGAUUCUCUCCUCCACCUACAUUUGAACAAAGGUUGGGAGUGACGAUGCAAAAAAAGAAAAAAAUUGCACUGAACCGAUUUCAUGUUUUUUUUAAAGGUUGUAAUUUGAUUAGGUACUGUAUGUUUAAUUAAAAUACAAGGAAAACACCUUGACAACCUGGCCCAUCUCUGUGACCCCCUCAGGAUCCAAGCCGUAGGUAGCCGGCGUACCACGGCAGACCACACUUCCAAAACCUCUAACUUUGAGAGUCACCUCGUGGUGUGCCGCUCAGAGAUUUUCUCUUGUCAGUAUCUGAACAUUUUCCAUGGAAACAGCCCAGCAACCUCCUCUCUUGUACUCUGACUUUAACAUUCUGUAUAUGUGUGGAUUUGGUAUGAUUGCAUACACCAUGUCUUCAAGCCAUAUCUGUCUUAAAGGGAUAGGUUGUGUAGGAAGAAUAUUUUCAUUUUUUAAGUAUGUACACUUCUACAGUAAUUUAGAUCCCGAACUCGGCUGCCCUGGAUUUAAUUUGCCCUAGCUCUAAACUUUGAAAUGUCCAGUGUGUACGAUUUAGGGGGAUGAAUUGGCAGAAAUGGAAUAUAAUGUAAUAAGUAUGUUUUCUUUAACGUAUAAUAACCUGAAAAUAAGAAACAUGUUUUGUUACCUUAGUCUGAACCAUUUAUAUCUACAUUGGGAGCAGGUACUCAUCCAUGGAGUCCUCCAUGUUGCACCACCAUGUUUCUACAGUGGCCCAGAAUGGACAAACCAAACACUGGCUACGGAUCUAUUCCAGGGCUUCGCAUUUUGUCCUUAGCCCCUGGAGCUAGCAGGCAAUCUGUGACAAGAGCGUUGGAAAACACUGAAUUUUUUUAAUGUGAAACUGCUUUAUUACAUCUUUUUAAUGGUUUAAAUCACCUGGUCUGUUUGUUUUGGAGGUAUGGAGAUAUCUGUGAUAAUUUGGCUUAUGGUAGCAACCUCCUGAACGUGCUGGGCUAGCCGCACUUCUGCAAUGUGCUGAACAUCAUAGGAGAAACAUUGAUUUUUAUGGUGAAAUUGCGCUAUUCCGUGUUUAUACCUGUUUAAAUCACCUGGGGUCUCAUUAUAAAACAUCGCAUAGGAUCCAUACUAAAAAUGUACAUACGGACAAAACCCAACAAUUUCUAAAAUCUGGCUUCCGCCUCACCAUCUGCGUCACCAACUUCCCCUUUCAGAAUUGUUCGUUAAGUGUCUCCCAUCAAGUCUGUUUUUAUAGAUCACAACUUUUGCGUGGGAAGUUGAGUACUAGGGAUGGGCAACACAAGCAAAAACACUAUUCGAAAAUCGUGCCAAGUAUUGGUCAAUUUUUCAAAUAAUCCAUCCCUAUUGAGUACGCCUCUUUCAGGCUUUGUUUUGUGCGUACACAGUGUUUAAUAAUGAGACCCCUGGUCCAUUUAUUUAAGAGAUGAAGAAACAACUGCGAAAUAAUUCCACUCAUGGUAAAAACCUCCUGAACAAUGGACGCUAAAGGAAUUCUAACCAGAAGUUUCAGCUGGUUGCAAUCUGCAAUUCUCACCGCUAGAUGCCACUAAAUCCCUCUAAAUCUGACACACUGCUCCUUUAACAUUUCUCGGCAGAAAUGAUCCACCUUCAUAAAAGUGUUGGAGAGCAGCCAGUUCUGACGGUUGACCAUUCACGAGCUGCUAUGGAUUUAUGAGCACUGCAGUACUACUAAAUAAAACGCCACUUUAGACGUGCUGGAAUGAAAGUGUAGAAGCAAUGCCUGAGCAGCAAACCCAUUUCACUUCUGUAACAUUUUAUUAUUACGUUCUGGAGGUUGAUCUCUGAGUCUGAUGGUAGAGGUUAUAACUCAGGGAGUGAUGGAAACAGAGCCACCCCGUUAAAACAGAGAAUGACAGUUCUUAGUAACUGCCGCAGUAUUUUUGCCCUCUAGUUUAAAGUUUUACGUACUUCCCUAUAUACUGUUCAUUAAUACAGAGUCUGUACCUGUCCACCUGUGAGUCUGUGUUCUUACACAUGUUGUCAGCUUAAUAAUCUUGCAGGCAAACCAUAGCUUUAGCUGUUUGUUUUUUUUUUCUCAUGAAUUAUCGUGCACUGAUGGUCUUUCAGAAGACAUGUUUAAUGUGCUUGUCAGAGGCACACUGUCUUCAUGCAUACAUUUAUUAAGGGAUUACACUAAGCAGAGCAAUCAUUCCAUACAUUCUAAAUUUGAAGGUAUAUUCCUUUCUCCCUCCGUGUAAGUUUCACUCCCAUAUCAUGCAUGAAGGUAUAAGACUGUGCUGCUGACUAGAAAAAAAGCGUUUGGUGAGAACUUGAAUGAGUUGCUGACUUUUAUGGAUCCAUUUUGUCUUACCUCAUGUAGAGUUUUGUUUGGUCCAUGCUUACAAUUGCACAUCUUACAUUUUUACAACUACAGCCAUGUGAUGAUUCAUAUGUUAGUGAUCCACUGCUGGGAGUCAUGACGCAGCCAUACAGCCUGUGUGUUGAUGUAAGGUAGAAAUGCCCAAGUCUGUCAAAUUAUUGUCAUAGUGAUAUUUAGAGAAAUACUUCACCCUCAAAAUGACCAUUUCUCCACAAUUAGUCAUGCUGUGUUACUGUAAAUUCAUGGAGAAAACUUCAUGCAUGCCUCCACGGAAAACGGCAAACAUAUUGACUUAUUAAUUGAUUGGAGACUGUGUUUAACAACAGCAAAACUGUAUCAUCUGUCAACUACAACUCUCACAACACUUGAGCAGCAUAAUCCAAGAUUUAUUUAUCAAGUCGUAUGCUCAGUACUUCCCAAACACAUGCAUAUUUGCUAAAAAUGUUGCGAUAUAAAACUGAACUGAAAGUGAAACUCUACACUUACUUCAAAUCCAAACUCUAAUACUAAGGUUAUUUCACAGAAAUGCAUGUGUUCGUGAAGUAUUGAGCAUGCAACUGGAUAAAUAAGACUUGGAUCGUACUGCAUGAGUUGUGUGAGAUUUUGUAAACCAAUGUUUUGAUAUAGUUUUGUUGUUGUUUAAGUGGUCCCCAAUCAAUCAAUAAAUCAGCGUGUUCACCGUUUUUUGUGGAGGCAUGCGAGAAAAACAAAGUUUUUUUCAUGAACUCAAGGUGACACAGCAUGACCUAUUGAUAUACAGUAGAGUAUUUCAUUCUAAAAAAUGGAAGUAGAAGCCAUGCUGAUGCCAAAUAGUUUAAGAUAGCUGUUGUAUUUGCUUGUCUAAAAAGUGUCAGUACUUUGGUACACUUCCCCUGUUAUGAAAAGAAAAUCAAAACCUAAAAUCCAGUAAUACUGUUAUAAAUUGCACAUUAAUUUUGGGCUUUUUUGAUACCCUUUUUUACUGUAUGUUACAUUUAUCACAUCACAUUUCUCUUACCUGAAUAAUUUUGAUUGUUGUCUCACAGGGAGAGCAAUGAAAAGAGCAACAUCAGUAUAUGUUCUUAAUGUUCUGUUAGAUUGUGUAUCUUUAUCUCACCCUCUGUCAUUAGAACCUGAACCAGUGAGUCAAACAUUAAGUGGUUGCAUUGCUGCCCAAAUCUACAAUACAUGGAGCUGUGUAGCUCUUAUGACCUGCCCUCGUUCAUACUGGCGUCUCGGGCCACAGUUUAUAGUCAUCUCAUGAGGACUGUUAAGGAUUCUUCUCUUGAAAAGGGUUGUUGUGAAGCAAAUACUGUCUUUUCUCUCUAAUGCUUGAAUUACGAGGAGCCAGUGGACGGAGCAGCUGAAUCACAAGGACCCUCUUUCCCGUGUCCGAAGUGCCUUUGGACAUGUCUGCUCGGACACUCAGUAAAACCUGUGUUGCUCAUGGAGACUGCCUCUCCCACCUGGCAUCCUCCGCAGACUGAAAGGAGGGCUAAGAUGUAUCAUUGGAUUAACUUGACGCAUACUGUGCACAUCAUGAAUGAAGCUUGUUGACAGAUAAAACAGGAGUUGUACAUGCUGGCUUCGUCGUUCCUUCAAAACUUACUACCUAACCAAACAAGCGGAGCUAUGGAGUGGUGCCAUAGACACAGGCUGAUCUUUCUGAAAGGCAACUAGUCCAUUUUAUGAUGUUUUUGUUCCCAUUCUUGUUCAGUCAUCAGUGUAGUAGCUGUAAUUUCCCCAGUAAGCUAAAACAUGCUCCCACUUUGGCUCAUUUGAAGGGGAAUGGUCCUUGCCUCGGUUUCCAUUUGAAAUAAAACAGUAGAUUUUUGUAAAAUAGGAACAUUAAGUUUUGAUUUGAUGCCCUGCUUUGUGUCCAGUUGCAUGUUGCUUUUUUAAAAUAGUUUUUCUGUAGUUUUUUUUAAAGUUGUUGCAUCAGAGUUUGAGAAGUUAAGACAGAUUGGUGACUCAGCCAAGUGUUGCUGCACAGGAGGAAUGACAUUAACCGUCGGGGUUAUAUUGGGCUGUUGGGAGCUUGUUACUGCCUCCAUUGUACCACUUCCUGCCACUCUAUAUUUUCAUUCUUGUUUGAUUUUUGGUUCCCAGUGGAAGCACUUAUCGUUUUUGUCUAUUGCUGCUACUAUCAACAUGUCUGGGCUGUCUUCCCAGGUUGUCAGGUUGUUAAUAAAUAGUUUAUUAAACCCUCAA